AUGGGUCUCAUUGGAAAGACGUCGCAUGUCGACUCGAAAGACGAACAAAUCCGCGACUCGGACCAUGCUGAGAAGAAGGGUGCUGCCGACCACAUCAAACAUCCUUUCUCUGACCUGAGGCAGAAGUUGAAGGAGUCAUCGCUCUACGACAUCAAGGUCAAGGCCAUCCAUGCGAAACACAAAAUCGGCAAGUGGCAGAACCUGGUCAACCCCAACCACCGUCACGACGAAGAGCACGAAAAGGCGACCGACGAGAAGAGAACGAGAAUUGCCGAAGGUCAUCGCUUCGAAAGUUUCGCUCCCGAGAGAGACGGAAACAAGAUCAAAUGGUACAUUGAUGGCCGCGACUACUUCCACGCCGUCUCGGUCGCACUCGAAAGAGCAAAGGAAACCAUCUAUAUCGAGGAUUGGUGGCUGUCGCCUGAACUCUUCUUGCGCAGACCGCCCUUCACCACCCAGGACUGGCGUUUGGACCACAUCUUGAAGCGUGCAGCCGAACGUGGUGUUCAGAUCUACAUUAUUGUCUACAAAGAGGUGAACCAAGCCCUGACUUGUAACUCGGCACAUACCAAGCGCGCCCUUCGUGCUCUUUGCCCCGAAGGCACUCCUGGCCAUGGCAAUAUCCAUCUGUAA